AUGGUGAGGUUCGUCAGCUUCUAUCUGCGGGUACUAGCCGACGAAGAGCAGCGGAUUGUGCGCUUUGGAGAGCAGCAGAAUGCAGCCGCUUAUGCAGAAAGCUGCUCAGCAUCAGGCAGCGAGGAGGACAGCGAGGAGGACAGCGAGGAGGACAGCGAGGAGGACGAUGACGGCAAGAGCAGUAAAGCUGAUAGCAACAGCCUGCGGCCCUGACGUACAACACGCAAUCGAACGCAGCUAGAUAGGGUGAAAGAUGCACGUGAGCUCUUCACAUGGACAGACAAGCAGAAGUCAUUUAGGAUCAAGCUAUAGGACGCGCUAGAUGGCAACAACAGAGCAGCUUAGACAGAGGCGCUUCUUGCGUUAAUUAGCUCGUUUGUCUUCACAACAUAUUACCCUAUAGCGCUG